GCAUGUUCAUCAGCUGAGCAAGGGUUUACAGGGAGACCGAGGGGGUGGUGGUACCAGUUGGCUCGAGCUGGACAGCGAGGCAGAGUACGUGUUAGGUGUGGCUGCUGGAGCGUCUGGGGAAGGGGUGGUGCAGCGCCUGGAAGAAAGUUGUGUGACUCAUUUAAGCUGUACAUGCCCUGCAUCCGAGACUCACCGUCUCCACCCAAAAGAGCGACCUGUGCCCUGGGAGCUCUGGCUGUUCGUGAACUCAGAAGAGGAACUGGCUUCUGCAAACCAAAAGGUUGGACACGCAUGUAAUGCACCUGGAUGGAGGAAGAGCGUGGUCUGUCAGUUACAGGAAAGUUGUUCUUGUGUUGUUCUGCAGUUUUGCUUUUUUCCCCCCUCCUUUCUUGUUGUCAGUUUGAAAUGAAUCCAUUAUGAACCGAAGAAGACAUGAAGGGACAGAAAAUACCAUCUCUUUUUCAUUUACUUUCCAUUUGUGCUACGUUUUGGGGUUCUAGAGAAGAGGAAACUAUAACAGGGCUGUUUUCUAAGGAUGUCAUCCUUCCUUGUCCUUUUUCACCUGGGAACGAUGAAGUAAUUCACUGGAAUAAAGAGAACAAAAACGUGCACAGCUACUACAAGCAGAAGGACCAGCUAAAAGACCAACACCCAGAUUACAGAAACAGAACACACCUUUUUCUUCAGAACAUUGCUCUUGGAAACGCCUCCUUGAAACUUAGUAAUGUGACCUUGAGUGAUGAGGGCCUUUAUCAGUGCUAUGUGGGAACAGAGAAAGCUAAAACAGAAGUGGAUGUCAUGCUGCAGGUGCAAGUUGUCUCUAUUUAUGCACUGGAAUACCAAAAGACAGACACAGCAAGGAUGCUGAAGUGCUAUGCCUUUCAUACUUAUUUGAUACCAAAUGUAACUUGGGUACGAGGCAAUACAUAUAUCCAAGAAACAGGUCGGGAGGAAAUCAGGAAUGGAGUUCUCUCUUCUGUUAGAAGUGACCAGAAUAUUAUAAACACAUCUGAUACUUACUGCUGUCACAUUAAUUUCUCCAAUGAAAACUGGACUGCUAAGUGGAGUAUGCAAGACCAACUUUCAAAAGCUGAAGGAAGUAGCACUGCCAUUUCUUGUGAACACAGCAAUAUUGCUUUACAUGCUGAAGAUCUCACUGUUGUCUGGAGACUAAACAAAAAUGCAGCUAUCUCAGUCCUGGCCUCCUUCAACGGUACAUUUCAGAUUUACCAGCCUCGAGUUCAAAUUAACCAACAAAACUUUUCACUCAGCAUUAGUGAUCUUAAUGUGGAUGACAGCGGAGAUUAUGUAUGCAACAUUUCAACACCUCACUACACAAGACUUACUGUGACAACACUACAAGUUGAACACGCAGGUAAUACCAAAACAGUUGUGACAGUGAUCGUGAUCGUCAUCAUAUCGAUACUGAUAAUAGUGGUAUACUGCCUCUGUAAGAAGAUUUCUUUUCAGAGGGCUCCAAAGUACUCUAAUAACCUCACAACUGCCAGCAUACAAAGCAGAGGGAUACAUAAGGAAAACUUAUCACAGGGCAUCACUACAGGGCAGAAACUGCAGUACUUCAAGAGUACAGAGAACUAACAUGAAAAUAGACAGGAAAUGAAAUGCCUUUAAAAAAUGCACAGGAAGUUAAUCUAGCAGAACAGUGGCAUCUGAUGGGGAUACAGAGUUAAGAGUUCUGUGGCAAAAAGAAAUGUGGGAUGCACUUUUUUGGUUGGAUGUGAGCAUCCUCUGGAGUGCAAUGCCUGAGGCCACACUGAGGAAGGUGUAUUCACACAGACAACGGAAGUAUGCCAACUCCCUCAUCUUCCCUCUAGCUCUGCAAUAUAUGUGUUGUUGUUUGCGAAAGUAGUACUUAGCUGCCAGCACAUCCACUUCAGCUCAUGAGGCAGUAGCACAACAUGCUGGUGGAUAUGAUUAUAGACCAGUUUUAAAAGACAGUUCAAGGCACGGUCUUUCUACCCACUGUUACAAGAAUACUGAAGACAGGAAAAUUGGAAGAUGCAAAGCUACAAUUCUAUUCAGCAAACCCAAUCCAGCCACAUUCAGUACUAAUACCACCGCACACCACUUCUCUUUGACGUAGACACUUGACAUUCUGCUUACCAGUAACUUAUUUGGACUGAACACUAAUAUGCUACACAUACCAUUCUCACUCUGGAGUUUUGUCUUUUGAGUAGUGAGGUCAUUCAUGAGGCGAGUCAUUUCAUCCAGUUUAGUUUUUGUCUCAUUAAGAUGAUCUUCAUAAGUGCGACAAAGUUUUUCUGCAUUUGCCUAAAUAGGAAUCAGAAGAGACAUACAAAGCUGCAGCCUCCAAGUAGCCAUUUGGAAGCUGUGCCCCUUUCAAAUAAACAGCAGAUAACAAAGACACAAAUAUCUCUUCCACCACCAGCAUGUAGUGAAUGUUGAUGAGAGGGUAAGGCCUGAUCUUCAUAAGCUUUACAGCAAGAACUGUCAUAGCAUGUUCGAUUGGCAUCCUGGUUUAAAGAGCAAUUUGACCUAGCAAAUACUACUUUUCUGUUUUCCACCAAAUAAGACAACAAUGAAAUGCGCCUUACAGGAACACUGAGUGCCUGGAACAUGAAUAAAGAAUUUGAGAUUUGGCUCAGUUUUAAAAGUAAUCAAGAAGAAAUAAUCCCGCUCAUCAGGGCUGUGUGUGUGUGCACAUAUUGUCACUGUUUUGAAGACAAGGACACUGGAACUGUGGGAAGAAAAGCUGCCAUGUCACUUUGGAGGACAGCAGUAAAAUGGGGAAUAGAAACCCUGUGUCUGUGGUCCCAGGCAGGGGUCUCCCCAUCAGAACACCUUUCUCAUUUGCUGUGUUCUGAAGUGAAGCACCAGAGACAAAAUCUCUGCAAGACCUUUGGAACCAAUCAUAUGCCUAUGAAGUUCAGACAAAAGCUGCAUCACAGUUGUUAGAUGGGAAAAUCAUCUCCAGUGAAAACUGCUUUACUGAUUCUGCUGUAAUUGCUAUUUACCAAAAAUUGAGUUUGAUGUCAGCCUUCUUGUACUCAGAAUAGUGAAAUCCUGUCUUCAGUUUCACAGAGCAGACUCUUUAGAGUGCUCUGAAAGCUGCCAAGACUGUCUACUGAGAAAGCAAAAUGCAUAAUUCAGCCAUAGGAAGUGAAAAUGAACAGAAUGGUCAUGCGAGUCAUGUGGUCAUGUUUUACAUUCCUUGCUAAUGUGAGUCAAAACUGUGAGCCAGGAUCACCAUCUGAGCUGUACAGCCUUGAAUGGCAUCACUGCAGUCAUCAUCAGCCUAGGUGAGCACUAUUUAAGCGGCAUGGUUCUGUGCUCUGAGACAUGUGAAUAACCAGUAUGUCUGGGACUGAGGAUGUACUACAUCUGAGAUAGGCCAUUUCAAUGGCUAUUCUGUCUCCAAGUGAGAAGGGCUAUACCACCAGCUGGGGAAAGGGUGAUACUGCACACACAAGCACCACCAGAUUGCAAGAUACAACUUUCUGAAACAUGCCAGCCCUACCAGCUCUACUGGGAAGCCUUCGGACAAGCCUUGGCUACACAUGAUCAUUGGGGAGUUUGGGAAGUCUCAAGGCCCUUACUUUUCCCUUAACCGUUUGCUCCAUGUUGGAUGUCAGAUCAUCCACUUCCAUUUUCAGCUCGCUUUUCUCCUUUUCCAGUUUCUGCUUGACGCGCUGCAGGUUGUCCAGCUGCUCCCCCAUCUCAGCCACGCUGUCCGCAUGCUUCUUCCUCAGAGCAGCAGCUGUGGCUUCAUAGUGCAGCGUGGCCUCCUCGAGGUCACGCCGCAGCUUCAGGAACUCAGCUUCACGUUUCUUGUUCAUCUCCAGCUGGGCAGCAGUGGCACCCCCAGCCUCUUCAAGCCGCUCACUUAAUUCCUCCAGCUCUCGGGCCAAAUCUGAUCUCUGCUUUUCCACCUUGGCUCGAGCAGCUCUUUCUGCUUCCAGCUCCUCUUCCAGCUCUUCUAUACGAGCCUAUCAAAGAGAAAGGAGAACCUUGGGGUCACCUCCAGAUGAUUCCCACCAGAAAACCUUGAAGCAUGUUACAAACAGUGAAAUUCUCUGCCAACCCAACACUUCACAACAGAGGAGGAAAUGCAGCAGUUAGAGGAUUUGCCCAUCUGUGUCAAUAAAUCAGAUACUGAGCCAGAGGACAAGACAUCUUUCUCAUAGUAAAUAGCUCUCUGAGUUCUACAAUUUUCCCCACAAGCUUUAGUUCAAGACACCCAGGUAAAGUACGUUGACCUUGUAUACUGUCAUGUACUUCACAUAUAGAUCACGUAUGGGAGAUAAGUUAUUUCCUAGUAGGAGUAACAACUGAUUGCCAUUGAGGGGAAUUGUAAGGGUUCUCUGCCUCCAGUCUAAGAGCUAUGUGACAGAAGUAACUUCUCUCUAGGAGUUUUAAGACCGAAAACUUUAAAUAAAGCAGUGUCUAGAAUUUAGUUAGUAACCACUAUUCACUGGGAGGUUUUUUGUUUGUUUGUUUGUUUUGUUUUUUGUUUUUUAAUGAAACAGUUGUUUUGAUGAACAUAUGCUUCACAUUCAAGUUAUCCAAAUGUUCUUUAUUUAUAGAAGAAUCAGAGUUGAUAUUUUGUUUGGACUGUGCUGGCUGACUUUGGCCUUUCGAUUUCGGUUGAAAAUUUAUGUGCAUUUGAGCUCUUACCCUAAAUUUCAAAUCCAUUCCUAUUAAUUGCUGAACUCCUCCCUGGAAACCACAGCCAUCCUCAGCUGCAAGGUUCCAAGCUUAAAAGAAAACAAUGAAGCCUUUCUGCCUUUCCUGAAACUACUAGCAUUCUGCAGUCAUACGUCCCGUGGAAUAAGUUCCUUGAGGGAAAAGGGAUCGAAGUUGCACUACUUUGGGUCUCAAAGCUGAGUGGCAACUAGCUGUGAAAGUCUCUGCAAAGCCCUUCAGUGAGGCAGAUAAUCACAUGGUGGCUUGGAUUGAGGGAACCUAAAAGACUAUCCAGUUCCAACCUCUCUGUAAUGGACAGGAAGACCUUCUACUACAAAAUGUUGCCCAAAGACAUAUCCAGCCUUGGGAGGCUCGUCCUAAGAGAAAUGAGAAAGAAGCAAGCUAACCUGUAGUUCCUUUAUCUUCUUCUGCAGCUGCAUUACAAUAGCUUGUUCAUCUUCUAUCUUGGAAUUCAAUUGGCUCAUUUCAAACUCUUUCCUGCCAAGGAAAGGAAAAUCCCACUGUGACAGUUUUCUCCACAGUUCAAAGCUAGGCUCAUGCAAUUUUUAAAGUGUUGUUCAACAAAACUCCUAAUGGAUCUAAAAAUGAAAACAAUCCUUAUGUAUCACCAUAUGCAGAAAAAUGCAUAACUAUCUUAGCAGUCGUUUCCAAGUCAAGACUUCAAAUAUUUGUGCAAUUACAUUUUUUGUUCUUUAUGCCAUACAGAGUAAUGUUAUUUUCAUACUCAAAGGAAAAAUAUGCUUAAUUGAGUUAGGUCUUUCAACAAUUCUCUUAUAGUUAGGAGGAAUGACUUAGAAGAUUCCUUUCUCCUCUAAGUAAUAAAAACAAACUACAUAAAAAAAAAAAAAAUAUAUAUAUAUAUAUAUAUGUGUAUAUAUAUAUAUAUAUAUAUAUUUCUGAUAAGUCUAAUCAGUUCUAAUGUUUCAGGUAUACUGCAAACAAGUAACAGUGAUUUUCCCCUCCAUCACUCUCUCAUCUGCGAUGGAAUUUCCUUUAAGCCACCAUCAGGCCACAAUGACACACCUGAAUACAUCAGGCAGUAGUAACUGUGCUGCUUUACUUAGUAUAACAGAAAAUAUUUCUUACUUUUUCAGCUUUUCUUCCAUUUGCAACUUAUCAUUCUCCAAGUCCAUGACACUCUCUUGGGUCAGCUUCAAAUCUCCUUCCAGUUUGCGUUUUGCUCUUUCUAGAUCCAUCCUCACUUUCUUCUCUUGCUCAAGCGAGCCCUCAAGCUUUAGGUACAAAGUCACUCAUUAAAUAUAUUCAACACAGGUUGUUUACAACAGUCAGUUGCAUACUAAAUCCAUCUUCAUGCUGAGCUCUAGCAAGUGUUGAAGAAGUACAUAAGCAUAGGCAUACGAUCUUGUUUCUUGUUUUCUGGCAGCCAAUGGACAUAUGUGCUAAAGAAAUAUAAGGAUUAGUCCAUGCUUUAUGUUUGAGUAAGCACUGCAGUUCUCUUUGUAGCAAAGUUCUGUUUGCAAGUCAAGUUACACUGCAAAUGCAAACUUAGUAGAUUUUCUCUUUUUCAUUACAUUUCUUUCGGAGGCUUGAGCAUGCAGAUAAGAUUCACGUUGUUGCUGUCAUUUUACUUUUUACAGACAAUUCAACAAGAGCUACAUUUAUAAAUACGUGAUUGAUUCUGAGAGGACAAAGCUUUGUGACAUUUCAGGCUCAUGAAAACUGUUAGUGUUGGACAAACAAGCAUGCAGAAAAAUGAAGGCCAAGCCAGCUUACAUCAUCCACUUGCUGUUCCAGUUUCACUUUAGCUUUGCUCAGUGUGUUGACCUUGUCUUCCUCUGCUUGAAGGUCAUCUAGAACUUGCUGAUGAGCUUCCUGCAAGGACUUCUUCUCCUUAGUAAGUUUGCUGAUGUUCUCAUCAAGAGUCGCCAUUUCUUCUGUCAGAUUUUUCACCUAUGUGAAGGAUGAAGAUGCAUUUGUAAGAUUCUGAAGAAAGGGAUUAUCAUAAUCUGCUUCAAAUGAAUAUUAGUGAAUUUGUAUGGAGGAAGACAUUGAAAAGAAAGGGAUGUCUUUCCCUUCACCCAUUUGUGGCAAUUUGUGUCAAACUGCCAGCAAAGGAGCCAGUAUGUGCCAGUUCUUGUUGUGGACUUUUCUAUAUCAAAGGCAUUGAUUUUUUUUUUUUUCCACCCCCCAGUGUUACUCUUUCUGUGGUAGAUUACAGCUCUUGAUUCUCCCUGGAAAAAAAAAAUAGGAGAUCCUCAGAAAAAGAGCUGGAAGAACUCAAGGUUACAGCAGAAAAUUGUUUACUUAAGAAUGCCAAAACUAGACAUAAUUCUUUAGAAGAGUUGCAGCAAAACUCAUUUCAGAAAAAGAGAAACUCAGACUAACAGAUUUUCUCUCAUAAGUUCAAAUGACUCUGUGUGUACUGAUCCUUCAAUGUGGCCUAUGUAAUAGAGUAUAAAGCUGUCAAGACAACCAGUAGAUCUUGUCAUAAAGAUAAUCCUUGCCUGACCUCUUUUGAACAUAUGGCGAAGUUCAACAGGUACCUUAUUUUCAGUAGCAUGCUUCUCUUUCUCUACUUUUGCAAGUGUUAUUUCAAGAUCAUCAAUAUCUUUCUUGAGCUCAGAGCAUUCAUCUUCCAAUUUUCUCUUUUUGGAUGUCAGCUCAGAAUUCAUCUCUUCCUCAUCCUCAACUCGCUCUGUCAGCUCUUUGACUUUGGCCUCCAGCUGAAUCUUGGAUUUAAUCAACAAGUCGCAUCGCUCCUCAGCAUCUGCCAGAGUGUCUUGCUCCUGUGGUGGCAAAAGGAAGAGGUCAAGUAGUCAUCGUCUCAUCCCUCACCUAUGUAAAGUGGUCACAGGACUUGACCCAGUCAAGGCUAGGGAAAAUUAUCUACUCCUGACUUCAGAAAACAAGACCAAUAAUUAAUUAACAGAGCAGGACAAUAGAGUGGUGAGAAGGACUAGUCAUGCAUGCCUCUCUAAUUAUGCUUUUGUAUAUAACUGACACAGAAAUUGCUUUGGACAGAACUCUGAUAAGACUUGCAUUGUUAGUCCACCUAGUUUUAUGUUAGAGCAUGAGAAUUUCUAUCUGUUCUACUUUUUGGCAAGACUCUGACAAGACCAACAACUUAUUUUAGUUGAACUGAAAUAACAUCAUGGCCUGUAAGCCUUUGAUCUUGAAAGUACAUCUAAUGAAUACAUAAGUAUGUGUCUACUCACAGCUUGGAGCUGCAAUAGCAAAUCAUUUUUUUCCUGAACUAAAGAGACUUGUUUCUCUUCAAGUUCCUUUCUCCUUGCUUCAGAUUUUUCCAGGGCCUCCUUCAAUUUCAAGAACUCUUCCUUCAUAUUGGCCAUCUCUUUUUCAGUUUCUGCAGACUUCAGAAGAGGUUUGAUCUUAAAGAAAAGCUUCAUCCAGGGCCAAUUCUUCACAGCCAUAAAGGCACGGAUAUUCCACUGAAUUACAAGAAGGGCAUCCCUGUUUAAGGAAGAAAGCAAAAUCUCCUAAUGCUUAGCAUGAAUUGAGAAAAUGAGAUACUUUUUUGUUUCCAUUCUCAGUCAGUUUUACAGCUCUGCUCCCUGGUUAUGUUGGGAACUUGUUCUCAAUUCCAACAUUACAGAAAACAUUUCCUGCAUGCUCUUGAUUUUCAGGGACAUGAAAAAUUUCCAAAUCCCAUUUUCAGGUAACCAAGAAACACUUGCUAUUAGUUUUAUCAGACAUGUAUGUUAAACCUUUAAUUUAGGAUUAGCUACAGCCUUAGUGACAGUAAUAAUGGCUCUACUCAACAUAUAAUUAAAUGCUAAUGACUAUUAUCUGCUAAGAUUGAAGGGAGUGACUUCAUACCUGCGCUCCACUAUCUUCUGGAACUCGAUCCUCAUCAGUCUGCCACGUGCCCUUGCCUGGAUCAUUGUUAGGAUCUUUGCAAGUCUCUCAUCCCUCAUUUCUUCUAGGUGGCCCAACAGACCAGCCUUGAAGAACACCUGGUACACGCACAGAUGCCAUUUGAUGAUAAUGAUUAAUUUUCUUCCAAAGUACACCAACAGUUAGCUGUACAGACUUUGUUGUAAUUGUUCAGAAAAAUGGUAAUUUUAUUGGCACAUUUAUUAAGCAAAAGAAAUAAGAUGAUACUUGCAUUAAUAAGAAAUAAGGUACUUUCAUCAGGGACUGCACUGUUCUAGUUUCUUUAAAACUAGGUCUCAUCUUCCCAGUUUUGAAUAAGCCAAACUGUUUUACUGACAUGCUCUAUGGUGCAUUUCAGCUGUGACAGAGUUCAGUACAGGUCAGCUAAACCACAACUGCCCACUGUAAGGUCCCUGCUAAUGGGAUCAUGUCACACAGCUUCAUUAAAAAAGCUGCUGCUGAUCUUAUGGUCCAAACAAGCUAGUAUUUUACUAGGGAGUACGGAGCAUCAGCUGCUCUUGUGUUUGUACUGUUGCUGCAAUACAAGCUUUGUGGGAGCUUAAGCUAGAAAAAUAAUAUUUCUCUAGCACAGUUUAAAAUUAAUUUCUGUUUUCUGCUAUGCUGCUAGUUCCUGUAUUAGUAACCCAUUAACUGACAUGACCAGGGGUUGCAUAGUGUCCUAUUCUGCAAAUUAGAUUCACUGCCUUUCUCUUUACACAUUCAUUAACGAUAUUUUUCUGGUUACCUUAGUAUGCCCGAAACGAUAUUGGUUAUGGUCAAUAUCUAAAGAUGCCAGUAGUUUUUCGGCAGCUUUUCUGCUAUCCACAAACUUGUCCUCUGGGAUUGCACCUGGGUUCAGAAUGCGGUACCUGUUAACAACAGAGGAGCAACGAAUAAAACUAGCAUAAUGGCCUGGACUAAUUUCCUACUUUGCAUCUACAAAGUCACAGGCAAGAACAGAGUUCUGCCUUCCAUUUUUCAGGCAAGCAGAAUGGAAAAUAAACUGGAGUGGAAUAAAACAUCUCCAAUAAAAAUGAGAAGGCAUGCUUUUCUUAUUUUGUCUGCUGGGACAAAACGGGAGACAACACAGCUCUGCAUUACCUUUGUUUAAAGUCAGCAUAAAGCACUCUGUUUGGGAAACCCUUACGGCAAAUGCGGAUGCCUUCCAGGACACCAUUACAGCGGAGCUGAUGCAAGACAAGGAAAGCAUCCAUUUCACCUACAGGGAAGAAACAAAGCUAAACUCUUCCAUAGGGCUUAAUCUUCAUUUCACCAAGGAAACUAAAAAACGUGAGGUGUCAUCUCACAAAUGGGCAACAUUGUGGGAUAAGGUGAACAACAUACUUAGACAGUAUUCAAAAUCAUUCUUGGGAGCUUGCAAGUAAAUACUGGAAUUACAUUGUUCAAAUAUACUAAGGUUUUAAGACAGCUGUGUUUUCCAUACCUGGUGUUUUUGAUUCGUUGGGAAUAAUGCAUCGUACAAAGUGAGGGGCUGUAGAUCUUAGGUUAGUCAUUAGUUUAUUUAAAUUUUCCUGGAACAGACAUACAAAAUACACAGUGAGCUUUAAUGGUUUUGUUGAAUUCUCAUCACUUAUUUCUUUUGUUUCUUGGCUAAGCUUAUUAAAGUCAUUUCUCUAAGUAGUCCUCAACAAGAUUAUAAGCUUAAAAAGUCAUAAAAAAUAAAUGAUUUCAAAUAAAUCAAAACAUAAAUUAA